AUGGAGCGGCGGCCCCGCAGCGCCUCCAGAGAGGCGCGCCGGAGCAGCAGUGGGUCCCCACCAAGGAAGACCAAGAAGGGCAAGCCCGACAGGGGCGGGGGACGCCGCGGACACCGGGAGGCUGGGCCCGAGCGGAGGGGCUCCGGAACGGCGGGGAGCCCCGGGGAGCCCCGAGUGUCCGCCCCCGCCAACACCGUGGUGGAUGUGGAUGAGGUCCGGGGCCCAGGCGAAGAGGGCACCGAGGUGGUGGCAAUCCUGGAGAGCGAGCGGCCAGAGGAAGGUACCAAGUCCUCUGGCUUAGGGGCCUGUGAAUGGCUUCUUGUUCUCGCUUGCCUGCUGUUCAUCAUAGUGACUUUCCCUUUCUCCAUCUGGUUCUGCGUAAAGGUUGUGCAAGAGUAUGAGAGAGUAAUUAUCCUCCGACUGGGACAUCUGCUUCCUGGAAGACCAAAAGGCCCUGGUCUUUUCUUCUUUUUACCAUGCCUGGAUACCUACCACAAGGUUGACCUCCGACUUCAGACCUUGGAAGUGCCUUUUCAUGAGAUUGUGACCAAAGACAUGUUGAUCAUGGAGAUAGAUGCCGUCUGCUCCUAUCGAGUGGAGAACGCCUCUCUGCUCCUGAGCAGUGUUGCUCACGUGGCCAAGGCGCUCCCGUUCCUUGUGCAAACGACCACGAAGCGUCUCCUAGCACAUCGCUCCUUCCCCGAGAUCCUUCUGGAGAGGAAGAGCAUCGCGCACGAUGUGAAGGUCGCCCUGGAUUCUGUGACCUGCAUCUGGGGAAUCAGAGUGGAGAGGACAGAAAUUAAGGACGUGAGGCUGCCGGCUGGCCUCCAACACUCCCUGGCCGUGGAAGCUGAGGCACAACGACAGGCCAGAGUGCGGAUGAUCGCCGCGGAAGGGGAGAAGGCCGCCUCCGAGUCCCUGAGGGUGGCUGCCGAAAUCCUGUCCGGCACUCCGGCCGCCGUGCAGCUCCGCUACCUGCACGCCCUCCAGUCCUUGUCCACGGAGAAGCCCUCCACUGUGGUGUUACCGCUGCCCUUCGAUCUGCUCAACCUCCUGUCCCCCGCCAGUGGCAGGACACAAGGAAGCAUCCCCUACCCAAGUCCUCCCAAGCCCGUGGAGCCACUGAACCCCAAAAAGAAGGACUCUCCCAUGCUGUAG